CCCUCCCCAGGCCAAGUUGGUGACAGCCUCCAUAUAUUUAAAGAGGGUGAGAGCCCUCCUCACUCAGUUGAACUGACAGAGACCCCAAGAGCAGACUUGACCCUGGUCAGAGAGAGUCUUCAAGAUGCCAAACUGGGGUGGAGGAGCAAAAUGCGGAGCCUGUGAAAAGACUGUCUACCAUGCUGAAGAAAUCCAGUGCAAUGGAAGGAGUUUCCACAAGACCUGUUUCCAUUGCAUGGCCUGCAGGAAGGCUCUGGACAGCACCACGGUAGCAGCUCAUGAGUCAGAGAUCUAUUGUAAGGUCUGCUAUGGGCGCAGGUAUGGCCCCAAAGGAAUUGGUUAUGGACAAGGCGCUGGCUGUCUCAGCACUGACACGGGCGAGCACCUCGGCCUGCAGUUCCAACAGUCCCCAAAGCCAGCACGCUCAGCAACUACCAGCAAUCCUUCCAAGUUUGCUGCAAAGUUUGGGGAGUCAGAGAAGUGCCCUCGAUGUGGAAAGUCAGUCUAUGCUGCUGAGAAGGUCAUGGGAGGUGGCAAGCCUUGGCACAAGACCUGUUUCCGCUGUGCCAUCUGUGGGAAGAGUCUAGAGUCUACAAAUGUCACUGACAAAGAUGGGGAACUUUAUUGCAAAGUUUGCUAUGCCAAAAAUUUUGGCCCCACAGGCAUUGGGUUUGGAGGCCUUACACAACAAGUGGAAAAAAAAGAGUGAAAAGGUUUACUCUUUCACCAGCAGAAAGCACUGCCAAGCAAUCCUGCAGGGUUGGAAAGCUUUUCCUGGACAGCCUCGUUUGAAGCUGGACAGUGUGUCUCUUCAGAAAUAAUUGUAGGCUCUACCCAAAGUGAGAAAGGACCUUUGGAAAAAAAUUAUGUAAAAUUUAAUCUGCAAUAAAUGCUUUAUUAUUUACAAUUCUUGGGAUGGGGAAAUAAACAGUAAAUAAACAUUUUAGUGGUACCUUGUA